AUGGCUCUACCAGCCAUACCGCCGAAACCACCCUGGCCAUCAGCUGCCCAGCGAAACCGACCAAACCAGCGACAAAACCAGUCCACCGACUGCCUAUCCUUAUACCAGUCCACCACAACCUUAAUCCAGUGCUCAAGCUCAUCAGAAUCAAUGGCGGUGAAAACAUCGAAGGCCGAAAAGAAGAUCGCUUAUGAUCAGAAGCUGUGCCAGCUUCUUGAUCAGUACACCCAGGUCCUCAUCGCCGCGGCCGACAAUGUCGGAUCGAACCAGUUGCAGAAUAUUAGGCAGGGACUUCGUGGAGACUCUAUGGUGCUGAUGGGGAAAAAUACUAUGAUGAAGAGGUCCAUCAGGAUCCAUUCUGAGAAGACCGGCAACAAGGCCUACCUCAACCUUAUUCCUCUGAGGCUGCCCUGCUUGCAAAACUUGGGAUAA